AUGUCUGAUUGGCAGUUGAUUUUGACGAAUCAUGAUGUGUUCCCCGGACCCACACUACGGCAGCCUAUAGCAUUCGAUCCAACAAAACAAGCUAUCUUCAGCAAAGACACUCUAUCGAUCCGAGGUCUGGACGCGGCCAAAGAAGAGCGCUUUACUUUCACCUCCAAAGAGCUGCCUACCGAGAAUUUCUACACACAACACGUGGACUUCAUAUACGAUGGAGCACUGAACGUAACUACGAUUCCGUGGCGCCGUUUCUUGCCCGCACAUCUCCGGGCUUACAUGUUUAUUACACGCCGUCAGAUAAUGAGGAGCAUACAAGAAUCAUUCUCUGAAGCCCCGGUUUUGACGGAAACCCCCUCGUCGAAUCCGUCCCUCCAGUUCCACCAUGUCUUGCCCUCAAUCGACCAGUUCGUGGGAUAUCUUCGGCAUAUGGUGUGCGACCUGAAUGAUAGUGAAUGUGCCGACUAUCUUUUAUUGGCUGAUUUUGUCGCUAUUGACUAUGAUCCUACAACACAAGCAACCUCAAUAUCCGCGUUCUGGUCGCAACCGCUUUUGGGAACUACAGGCUGGACGGAAGAUAUAACAAGAAAACAUGGAUCUGCCGAGAAGGUAGAAGUAGGUCUACUUUCGAAUGAAAGGGCCGUUGAUCCUGAAGAUAUCUCACUGGGAGGGUUCUUGACAGUAGUCGGCCAGGAUAACAAGCUAACCUUUGAAACGCCGACGGGGUUACAUCCUACGUUAAAGAUUUCAAUGCCCCCGUCAGCUCUUACUCGCCCGCCUGCCCCCGAAGAUACGACUUGUACUCUCCAUACGUAUCUGACACUUCCUUCUACUAUAUUUGCGGACAAGUAUCAAUUAUCUACAAAAGAUCACUUGUUUCUAACUUCACAUAACCUGGUAGGUCUACGAGCUGUUUCUGGCGAGACAGAUCUCGAGGCCCCCGACUGGGUACUUCCAAGCUGGGGAUCUAAUCUACUUCUCGAAAUCGCUACACCUUCUGAAGGUCAGGAUAUAGGAGGCAGUAGUGGUAGCUGGGACGUAACCAUUCCUUUACAUCUUCGAUACCUGAAGCCAUCUGAAAGCGGGCAUCAGUUGGCAUCAAUACCAUGGCCGAUUGUCUUCUGGGCUUGCAGUGCCGAAGACAGCACAGAGAUGGGUAAAAACCCCUUUGACCUUGUUGAUCUUGGCUACGAUGCUCUUUUUACUCCGAGGACGUUCUUCUUUCACCUUCACCCAGAAAGCAAUGACCCUUCUAAGUUGUCUUCUGGGCGGGCACUGAUGCAAGAAAUUAGUGUCCCAGUGCUGAAGGCCGCCACGGAUAGCGAGCGACCAUAUGGGGAGGCAGCAUCUCGAGUAGAGCUGGGCACGGUAGUUGCUAUUACCAUAGGAUUCAUAUGGGUCUUGUGGAAACUGAUAUCCAUUUUCAUAUUUCGUGGAAUUGAAGACUCACCUCGCAGCUCACCAGAGUCGACAAGAAAGGCAGACAAAAAGAAGAAAUAA